GACCUCACGAACCAAUGACCGUGACGUAUGUUUGGGAUCUCUGCCGUUUAAAUCACAGACUGUGCGGCGGAGCUUUCGUCGGAACUGAAAGAAAAAUCCAUUUUACAUCAAAUAUUCUUGAGCUGAUCUUCAAAAUGGCACUACCAGGAAGCUCCAACGUAGAAAACCUGUCCCCUCAGGUCCUGCGGCAAGUCGCCAAAGAGGUCGCUGAUCUGUGUUCAAAUCCACCAGAGGGGGUCAAGCUUCUCCCUAGUGAGGAAGACAUCACUGACAUCCAGGCUUCGAUAGAAGGGCCUUCGGGCACGCCCUACGCAGGUGGGAUAUUCAGAGUGAAGCUCGUGCUCGGCAAGGACUUUCCCAGAGCGCCCCCUAAGGGCUACUUCCUGACCAAAGUGUUCCACCCCAACGUUGCCAGCAACGGGGAGAUCUGUGUCAACACGCUGAAGAGAGACUGGAAAGCAGACAUGGGCAUUAAACACCUACUUCUUACAAUCAAGUGCUUGCUGAUCUACCCCAACCCGGAAUCGGCGCUGAACGAGGAAGCCGGCAGGCUAUUAUUAGAACAGUACGACGAUUACUUCAUGCGGGCAAAAAUGAUGACAGACAUCCACGCGAAGUCGGCGCGGGGGGCCAAGGAGUCGCGAGAAGUAGACGAGAACUGUCCGUCCACGUCGGGCGCAAACACCAGCGGGCCCGUCGCCAAGAAACACGCCGGCGACAAGAAAGUGUUGGACAAAAAGAAGCGUGACAAGAAAAGGGCCCUGAAGAGAUUAUGAGGAAAGGGAACUUAUUCUGGAACAGAGGAAAUGAAUUUUGAAUUACUCCAUGAACAGCUCCGACUCGAAUUUGUGACAGAGUGUCCUUCUUAACAGUUUUUGUUUUUGGUAUAUGUAGUCUUUUUGCUGGAAUAUGAUGAUAAAGAGUCUUUUGAAAAGACAGUGUUUUUCUGGCCUUUGAUGUCUGCCUCCUCAGAAUUUCUCCCGAAAGGUGGGUUCAGAUUUGAGUCGACAGAUCUAGUAUUCAGGAAAUU